UGCAGGCAGAGCUCGAUGAUGACAGCCAGCUGUGAGGACGCAGCGCCGGUUAUAAAGGUCAGGCGAGGACGCGGGGGCUCUGUUGUGGCACUGAACAGGGUGACUGAGAGGCUGAAAGCACAGCGCCCCUCUUUACUACAGAGCUGUGGAAACGGAUAUCGGUACCUCUGGAGAACAGUGUCCAUAAUGUCUCUGAGAAAUCUGUUGCUCAGAGUUCUUCUGCUCCUUGGGAUUUGUCAGGUCAGGCAUUGGGGUAUUGCCUCUUCCUCCAAGAUGAAAGAGCAGCCUGAGAAAAUCGCCGUUAUUGGAGGAGGAAUCGGAGGAACGGGAGCAGCAUAUUUUCUCAGGCAAGAAUUCGGACCGUCCGUCAAGAUUGAUGUGUUUGAAGCAGGACCUGUCGGUGGGCGCCUUGCUACCGAGAACAUCAGGGGACAUGAUUAUGAAACCGGAGGGUCAAUUAUACACCCACUUAAUUUGCAUAUGAAGCACUUUGUGGACAGACUAGCAAGUCAGUGUUAUCUGAUGCACAUCUCUGACAUGGCAAGGCCUGUGGAGCAUUCCAGGUUAGCAGUGAUUGCCAUAUUUGAUGGGAAGAAGCUGACCUUCGAUGAAGGCUUAAAGUCCAGUCGAUUGCAAAAGUGGGUGGAGGGCAUUCUGAGUAAGUUCAUGAGGAUUUAUCAGUACCAGCAGUCUGGUUACUCCUUCUCCAGCAUGGAGCAGCUCCUGCAUGGCUUAGGAGGAGAUGGCUUCCUGACGCUGCUCAAUCAGACGCUGGAGGAGGUCAUGCUGGCUGAUGGCUUCUCUCAGGUCUUCAUCGACAAUGUUGUGACUCCGCUCUCACGCUUUGCUUUUGGCCAGACUGCUGACCUCACCGCUCUUGUGGGUGCUGUAUCCCUGGCCUGUGCUGACUCUGGCCAAUGGGCAGUGGAUGGAGGAAAUAAGCGGGUUUGCUCUGAGCUUCUGUCCCACACCAAGGCUGAACUUAUCCAGGCCCGGGUUACGGAUAUUUCUCUGAAGAUGAAGCCAUCAGAAAGCGGCACUGAAUCAAGCUUUUACGAGGUGAACUACGUUGGUGAUUCUGGCCCUGCCCACUCCAUUUAUGACAUUGUGAUUGUGGCCACACCCCUUCAUGAAGGCCUCUCUGACAUCAGCUUCUCUGGCUUCUCACCUCCAAUCCCAUCUCCCUUUCCUGGCCACUACCACCACCUUGUGACCACGCUGGUCCUGGGUCAGGUCAACACAUCAUAUCUGGGGAUCGAUCAGAAACCAGCCGACUUUGAUGUCUCUGACAUUUUUACCACAGAUAAUGAGGCGCUGGCUUUUAAUAGCCUGUCCUCGGUGGACCCAACCCAACUUCCCCCAGGUUAUCAUCGGUCCCCAGUCAACGAGAGCAAAGUGUGGAAGUUUUUUUCCCAGGAGCCGCUGUCUGAGGAACAGUUGCGGGAGAUUUUCGUGUCAUGGGAGGGGGUGUGGGAGAAGCGCUGGCUGGCUUACCCCUCAUACAGCUCCUCACCACACCCCAUGCCACCGUUCGUCCUCCAUGACCGUUUAUACUAUCUCAGUGCUAUCGAAUGGGCUGCCAGCUGCAUGGAAUUGAGUGUUGUUGCAGCACGCAACAUGGCACUGCUCGCCUACCACCACUGGCACGACCAGACAUACAAAAUUGACCAGGAGGACCUGCACCCCCGCCUCCGUGAAGAGCUAUAGAGCAGGAGGGAGCGGAGUCCAAUCCUGGAGUCCCACAGUACUGCUGAGUUCAGCGCUCAUAUAACUCACUCAAUUCAACUCAACAGAUUACUAACAAAUUCUUCAUUAAAGUGCUAGAGGAAAGGGCCAUUUUAUCAGAAACUCAAUACGUUUUACCCUACACUCAUUUUCUCCAAUGAACGUCACUGGAUCCUCUAAAUUGCGAGGCUGUCAAGUUAAAAAAUGAAUUUCGCUACGUGCAAAUGAACAUUGCUGCACACUGAACUGACAUCAUAAGACAGCGAGUGCACAAAAAUAACCCAAACAAACCAGCAGGUUUUAUCCUGUGAUAGUGAAGGUUCUUCGGCAGUAGCAGAGUAAAGUAGGAGUAGCUGAUGUUUGUAGACAAGUGUUACAUUUAGUUAUGAAAGUUAAAAGUAGACUUUCAUGUGACAUCAGUAGUGGUAGCUAUCAUUGUGAAUGUGGCAAUGUUCAUCUUUUGUCUCCUUAACACCUUAACAAGCCUCGUAUUUUAAAGGAUCCAGUGACGUUUGGUGGAAAAACGAACAUGGGGUUUGGAAUCUUUCUUGUUUACCACAUGGCGCUGAAGUUUGAGAAUCUUUCAGUUCCGAGUAUACCUAAAGAAUUACACCGCACUAGUUACAGAAUGAUUGACUUCAGAAGUCUAUUGCACAUUAAGCUGGCCACAACUAUUAGUUUGUGUGUAUGACUAUAUUCUAUGUUGCUAUCCUCAUGCCCAUGUGUGUAUGCACUUCCACACAGCGAGUUUAGUCCAGAGACUUCUGGACUGAGACCAUUCUUUGGAUUGAAAAUGUUUCACAGCAUAGUGUGUUUAAAAGUUGUUUUCCUUGAAACACGUGGUAGCUUUUUAAGAUAUCUUCACAUUUGCCAGCGCAUUUGUUUUCUGCGAGUUUGUUAGUUGUAGCCUCCCCCUCCAUGUCCCGCUAUAACAGGUUCGAUGUCAACACACCGUUGCUGACAAAGUCUGUAGUCCUCUUGUUUGAAUACACAGUUGAAAUGGCAGCAGUCAUUGAUGCUUCUCUUGAUUAUUUCCAUCUGCUACCAUGCUGUGAAUUUGUUCUUUACUGAAGUGCGUGAAGUCUGAAGUAUCUUUUACAACACCCCACUGAUGUCAGCAAUAUCAGUAACAGUAAUGUAAGCACUGGCAGACUACACUGGACAGUGCUUACAGGAAAACUAAAGACAAAUCAAGCACCUACGCACUAGCAGAAUGCAAAACUAGUUUCCCUUAAAAACAAGAUAAGAGAAGGUGGUACAUGCACUGAUGCUCCCACUGGAUGUCAUUGUGAAAACAAUCAACCCUAGUAUUUCAUGACAGACUAAUGGCGUCUCCUGGUAGGCGGUUCGUGGCCACACGUUGCGACAACACUCCACACUGGCAAAUGUCUGGCUAGCCAUGUUUAAUCAGUGGUCAGUUUCUGACAGCUACACUUGGCUAAAUAUUUUUGGGACUAACGUAUGAGUGAUCCAAAAUAUCUGGACAACAGUGGCUCUGUGGAAGUUCUGAGUGAAUCAGUGAUGUUCAAAAUGGCUUGUCUGCAGCAGCGCUAAUGAUCUCUUUUCCCUUUUUCUGCUCUGAGAAAUGCUGCUCUGUAAUACGUUUACUGAAGCGAAGAGGUUUAGCUGCUGAGAAAGCACUGCAAUAUUUACAUUUUGCUAGCACUUUAUAUUGUAGAUAUACAUCUUGUCUUAUUUUGGACCAAUUCUAGAAGUUUUGCCCUACACCGUUGAAAAUAUUUUCAAAUCAAAUAGGCAGCCCUGAAAGAGUAAAAUAGACCUGCUGCACUUUGCUUUCUUUGCCUUUCCCUUUACUGUGGAGAGAUUUAUUAGGGUGGUGAUUUAUGUGAAUCAUUGUCUGUUUAAUCUGAUAUGAUUUGAAAAUCAAUAAACUCAGUUGUAUGUAAAA